AUGGCCAGCGCCGAUCCUUGCGAUGGGCUCCUGUCGGUUUACGCCGCUUUCCAGGCAAACCUGACCGCCAACAAAUGCAUCGCACCGGCAAUGAGUAGGAAUGCCCUCGGUGGUUGUGAUGCCGAAGAGGGCAGCUACUCCGUCGGUCUGCACGUGGUGGCCAUUUUUGUUCUCCUGAUUGCCUCUUUCAUCGGGACGAUGCUGCCGCUUCUCGGGAAUUACGUACCAUGCCUGCAGUUGCACCCGUUUGUGGUCGUUACCGGCAAAUGUGUGUCCACUGGUGUGGUGAUGGCUGUUGCAUUGGUGCACAUGAUGAACAAUGGCGUUCUUGGAUUCAUGAAGCCCUGUGUACCAGAUGUGCUUCGUGAUUCGUUUGACGCGUACUCUCUCACGUUCGCGAUGGCGGCGGCGAUGCUGAUGCACGCAUUGGACUCCCAGAUGAAUGCCGUGCUUGAGAACUGGAUAAGCCGCGAGGCCAGCAAGCCCAGUGAGCCAUCCUCGGGUGAAGUUGAUGGGGUGUGCCAGCCUGAGGAGGACGUCGUGGUGCCGGCGCCGGAGCACGACUGUGCCGGCCACUCCCACGGGGCCCUCAGUUCUGUACGCCUCGACAGCGCGCGUCGCGUUGCUGCCGCGAUAUUCAUGGAGUUUGGCCUCGCCCUGCACAGCGUCUUCCUGGGCCUCGCCGUCGGCAUCGCGGAUGACGCCCAAACGCGGGCCCUGCUCGUUGCGCUGACGUUCCAUCAGGUUUUUGAGGGACUCGCGCUGGGCUCGCGGCUCGCGGAAGCGAGGAUGCGUAUGCUGGUGGAGCUGGCCAUGACGCUGAUUUACUCCGUGUCUGUGCCGCUCGGCACGGCGAUCGGCGUGGCGACCGUCAAGGGUGUUGACGUCAACAUGUCUGGCUCCACCUUCAACACCGUGGAAGCCAUCUCCGACUCGGUGUGCGGCGGCAUCCUGCUGUACCUCGGCUUCACGCUGCUGCUCGUAGACUUCCCGGCGGACCUGAACAAGUUCGCCGGCAUGGGCAUGAGGCACCGCAGUUGGAAGCGCUUCGGCAUGUUCGCCGCGCUGUGGUUCGGCACCAUCGUCAUGACGAUCCUCGGAAGAUGGGCGUAA